CACGAACUGGACCUCAGAAACGAUGAUGUUAUCCUCCAGAACUGAUCCACAGCUGGUGCACACGGCACUACCUCGUGCCUGGUCCACAUCGAUGUCUGUGCCGCCACAGCAGGGGACACUGUGGACAUGUUUUCAGUGUGGACAUGAAGUUGGAUGACCUGGAGCUGGAGCCAAGGAUCACAGCAGCUGUGAGGAGAGGUCAGAGGUUUUCGUCUGUCAGCGAGGUUUUUGGUGUUUCUGUCUUGGACCUGCAGAGAUUCACAGGUUUGUCCCGCGCUGACGUCCAGCAGCUGACUGCUGCUGCCGCUGCCAGCUGUAGACGACGCCCACCAGUCCCAGCUUUGCUCCUCCAUCGCGGCGAGUGUGGUGGGUUGGCGUCGGGCCUCAGACUCGCUGUGGGCUGUCCUGUACUAGACGAGCUGCUAAGAGGGGGUCUGCCUGUGGGGGGCGUCACUGAGCUGUCUGGAGAGAGUGGAGCAGGAAAGACUCAGCUGGCUCUGCAGCUCUGUCUGUCUGUACAGUUUCCCACCCAGCACGGAGGACUGAACUCAGGAGCCGUUUACAUCUGUACUGAGGACACGUUUCCCAUGAGACGUCUACGUCAGCUGAUCACAGAACAGCCCUGCCUCCGCACAGACGUCCCUCCCUCGCUGAUCAGCAGCCUUCGCUUCACUGACCACAUCUACAUCGAGCACGCCGCCGACCUGGACUCUCUGAGUGUGUGUCUGUCUCGCCGUGUCCCCCUGCUGUUGGCUCGCGGUCUGGUCCGACUCGUGGUCGUAGACUCGGUGGCGGCUCUGUUCAGGGCGGAGUUUCAGGCUGAUGAUUGGCUGCAGAGGAACAAACAGCUGCUCGCCCUCGCUGCCACGCUGCAACAACUGAGCGAUGAGUUCAACACACCUGUGCUGUGCAUCAACCAGGUCACAGAUGUUUUUAACUCUUCAGACAGACUGAGUCCUGUGAUGUCACAGGUGUCACCUGCUCUGGGUUUGGCGUGGGCCAAUCAGCUGAUGGUCCGGCUGAUGAUGCUGCGGCUCCAGGGCAUGGUCGCCCAGGGCGACCAGAGCAGCGCCCUCCGGAGGUUAGAGGUGGUGUUUGCUCCUCACCUGGACAAAGACGGACGAGACGCCGCCGUGUGGAGGGAGGGAGUGAGAGGAGUGUGUGUGUGAACAAAGGACAUCAUGUCAAUAAACAGGAAGUAGACAAAAGUACAUGGACAACUUCACUGAGCUGAACACACACAUACAUACAUGUUUACCAGGCUAACGGGGACUUGGGUUUCUGGUCAUUUUUAAACAAAAACAUUUUCUUCAAAGGUCUUUUACCAUAUUAUUACUUCAAAUGUGCUUUUUAAUUGUUUUUUGAAGAACUUGCAAAAAGGGACCAGAGCCUUGA